AUGCAUAUAAUUCGCAUUAUUUACUAUCCAUCCGUUAACGAAUAUCGAAAAGUAGUGAUGAACUUGGAAGAAUCACUAGCCCGGAUACUGCCGCUUUUCUACCCACUCGCCGUUCUCUGUAGCACAAGUACUCGGCUGCAGCCUCUAACCGUGGCGGCCGCUUCUUCUGUCGCACCGGCGCAGCUCAACUGCCUCCUACCGGUGGAUGUAGCCGCGGUGGACGAGCCGUGGGACCCACUUCUGGCGGUUCAAAUCAACAGGUUCGUCGAAUGCGGCGGCGUCGCGAUAGGCAUCUGUAUUUCCCACAGGGUUUUCGACUCCACUUCGGUGGCCACUUUCGUGUCUGCUUGGGCCGAUGCCGCGAGACGAGGCGGGGUACCAUCUAUCGAGCCUGAUUUCGACAUGCUACCAUCCUUGUUCCCAUCUGAGAAUUUGCCAACGUUGGAUAUGGGAAUCGCCAGGGAUACUUCCGAUCGGGUGGGUGGGCCCGCCGCUAACGCAAACAUCGUCAGUACUGUCGGAAAGAUAUUCAUGUUUGACAAGAAUCUCAUUUCGGCACUGAGAGACAGUGUCUCCGACACCCCCGGAUGGAAAUCAUCAGCAUCCGGGGCGGCGCAGCACCCACCAUCUAGGGUUUUGGCCGUGUCUGCAGUCAUGGCACAGGCUUUCAUGCGUGCUGACAGGGCCAAACACGGUGGUGGGCCCGGCGGGUCCUACAAGAGAGGCUCGGUGAUUGGGCAGAUGAUAGACGUUCGAGAAAGGACGGUCCCGCCUGUGCCGAGACAUGCAUGCGGCACGUGGGUGUCUUCAUCGUACCUCGAACACACUGCCGAAGAGAGCCUUGCACUGGAGCACGAUUACCCGUCCAUGAUUCUGAAACUGCGUGCGGCCAAUGCUAAAGUCAUCGAGGAUUGUAAGAGGUUAUUGUCGGAUAAGGAGUUUGGGCGGUGGACUAUGAUCGGUAGCUCUAUUGAUGUAAUAAAGAAAAUAACGAGCCCCGAUUUCAACUUUGUGUGGAUUACGGAUUUAUCGAAAUUUGGAUGCUAUGAACUGGUUUUUGGGUUCGGGAAACCUUCGUGGGUGAGCUUGGCUCAUCUACCAGUUAACGAUUUUAUCGUACUCAUGAACACCAAAGACAACGACGGAAUCGAAGCUUGGGUGUACUUGCAUGAAUCCGACGACGAAGAGUUUAAGGAUAUUAUUAGGAAUAAUAUUAUCAAGAUCGACGACGGCGGUGAUGCUUGUGACACGUACUCAAAUUAUUAG